AAGUCCUCUUGCUACCUCCUCCUCCGAUGCAAGUUCAAAACGACGUCGUCGUCCCGGUUCCCCUCCAUCUUAGCACCAUGUCUUGUCCUUCCUUGUCCAUGGAGCUGGACGAAUCCACCGAAUCCCGAAUCCAGCGCCUAAUCACAGAGCACCCAGUCAUCAUCUUCACCCGCUCCUCCUGUUGCAUGUGCCACGUCAUGAAGAAUCUCCUCGCCACCAUCGGCGUCAACCCUACCGUCAUCAACCUCGACGACGAUGAGAUCGACGCCCUCCCUUCUCCCUCCGCCCCCGCCGCCUUUAUCGGCGGCACCUUCAUAGGCGGCCUGGAGUCCCUGGUUGCACUCCACGUCAGCGGCCUCCUCGUCCCCAAGCUCGUCCAAGUCGGUGCUCUAUCUCUGGGGUGGGAUUGAUCAGGUCCGUAGGUUGGGUCCCAUUGCAAAUUAUGAAGCAAUCAAGGCCGUAGGAUACCACAGUAACUUUCUCGCUUUGCUUUGGGAAUCGCUAAGCUUAUCUCUUUCUUCUCUUAUUCUCUAAAUUUUACUACUACUAAUAAUAUAUAUAAUCCAUGGAUGUAUUUGUGUUUACUUCUACUUAUGAAUAGUUUGAUCGUCUUCUUCCAUUUUUACUCUUGCUUUUGCUUCAUUUUAAGAAUGGCAAUCUCAACUUGCUUGGGUGGGACCAUUAUUAUUGCAGCCCUGGCCGUCCAUAUGA